AUGCAGAAGUUUGAAACGGUGUGAAGUCUUUGGUUUCGCAUAUUCAAAUGUCACCAUCACAAGGACAGUUAGUGUUCAUUAUUCACCAUGAAGCUACAGAUCUGUGUGUUUCUCGGCGUGACAGUUUUCUGCGUGUCGACAGCUGAUUUCUCUCCUCCAGUGGUCAACAUCAGUCUGGACGUGCCUGACUUUCAGCGAUGGGCUCCUCUGAAGAACCUGUAUGACAUCGACUUCUUGAGAAAAGCUGCGUCUGAAGUGAUCGACUCAACUGUUCCCAAAUGGGUUCAUGAAGCAGUUAAACCUAUAGUGAAGGCUCUGGAGAAAUACAUCCCACUGCCCUAUGCUGGAGAAAUACGGGGCAUGGCAUCCUUCUAUGGCGCUGACAUUGUAGAUAUUGUGCUGUUGAACUUUGCCUAUGAAGUAUCUGCCUUUUGCACCAGUAUUGUAACUCAGGAUACAAAGGGCAAUAUUUACCAUGGCAGAAACCUGGAUUAUCCCCACAGUGUGCUCAGAAAUCUUACUCUAGAUGUACUUUUUAUUAAAAAUGGAAAGGUGGCAUACAGAGGAACCACUUUUGCUGGUUAUGUUGGGCUGUGGACAGGACAAAGCCCCAACAAGUUCACAGUGUCUGGCAACCAACGCAGUAAGGGACAUUGGUGGGAGAAUGUAAUUUCAGCAGUUUUAUUAAAAAGUUCUCCAGUUAGCUGGCUAGUGCGAGAGACUCUGGAAGCAGCUGUGGAUUUCCAGGAUGCAGCAGUGAGACUGGCCAAGGUGCCGAUCAUCACAGAUGUUUAUUACAUUUUGGGUGGUGUUCAUGAUGGUGAGGGUAUGGUCAUCACCAGAGACCGGAGCGGGUCAGCCGACAUCUGGCCUCUGGAUCCACUUCAGGGAAACUGGUAUAGAGUUGAAACCAAUUAUGACCACUGGCUUCCCGCCCCUAAACAGGAUGACCGAAGAGAUGUGGCCAUGAAAGCUUUGAAUGCCACUGGUCAAAACCAUAUUAGUAUGGAUUCUCUGUAUAAGGUUUUAUCGGUGCAUCCAGUAUGUAAACGGAGCACUGUUUAUACGACCGUCAUGAGUGCCGGCACUCCUGAGAAGUAUACAACAGUUGUCAGAGAUACGUGCGUGUGAAGGAAUGAGACGUUCUCUUGACCAGCUCCGCCAGACUUUUCACCCAGCUUAGUUCUGUGCAACAAAUUCUUCUUCUCUUCUGCAUUUCACAAUGGAAUGAGUCGUAUUUUAAUAUCUGAAAUGGAGGGCUGCUCAAUAUUGGGGAAAAAAAACUGACAUUUUUUUGUGAUAAAACCUAUAGCCUGUUGCAAUAGGAAAAGUAAAAAUAAAUAAAAAAGAAUCAGAUUACUUAAACAGGUCUAUUUGGAAAGUAUCAUUCCAAAAAAAAAAAAGAUUGUAAAUGUAGGACUGAUUUUAAUAAAUGUUUAAUAAACAAGAAGUUAAUAUUAAGUGACUUACAUUUUAGAAA